GCCUCUGUUUUUUGACAUGUACAGCAACGAUUAAAUCUGACCAAGUAAUAAUAAAAAUUUUGGAAUUUGGAGAGAAUAAAUCGGUUUAUCUUUAAAUCCUGAGAUCUCCACUUGCAUCUCUGCUUGCCUGCAUGACCUCUCGAGCUGGAUGGACAGCCAUCACCUGAAGCUCAACCCAGGCAAGACGGAGAGAAACACAAAAACAUGAUGCCCACAACAGACUCCAGUAGCCAUCAAGAGACUUCCAGUACACCUGAUGGCAACAGCAGUUCAACACGAAUGAAGAAAGAUCUUCACACUUGCUCAGACUGUCGAAAGAGUUUUGCCUCCCCAAGUAAACUCCAAAUCCACCAGCGCACUCACACAGGAGAGAAGCCGUAUUACUGCUCACUGUGUGGCAAGAGGUUUAAUUGUAAGACGACUCUCCGAAGACACCACCGCAUUCACACAGGAGAGAAGCCAUUUCAGUGCUCACAUUGUGAGAAGAGUUUUACUCGACUGAGUGUUUUACGUGAACACCAACGAAUUCACACAGGAGACAAACCAUUUGUGUGCUCACACUGUGGGAGAAGUUUUACUCAGCGUGGUCAUCUCAACUCACAUCAACGGCUUCAUACGGGAGAGAAGCCGUAUCACUGCUCACAAUGUGGGGAGAGUUUUAAACACAAGACAACUCUCCAGGAACACCAGACUCUUCACUCAGGAGAGAAGCUCUAUUACUGCUCACAGUGUGGGAAGAGUUUUAAUAGAGUCAGUCAGUUUCACAUACACCAGCACAUUCAUACAGGACAGAAGCCGUACCAAUGCUCUCAGUGUGGAAAGAGUUUUGCUCGACCAACUACUCUCCAAAACCACCACCGUGUUCACACAGGACAGAAGCCCUAUCAUUGUUUGCAGUGUGGAAAGAACUUUGGUCAAUCAAAUGCUCUCCGAAGACACCAGCGCAUUCACACAGGAGAGAAGCCAUAUCACUGCUCAGAUUGUGGCAAGAGUUUUAAUCAAAGAAGUCAUCUCCGUACACACCAGCGCCUUCACAAACUUACCGUGCGAGAAAACCUUUGCAAUCCAGAGUCUUCUCAAAACACACCACAUCCAUAGAGGACAGAAGCUGUAUCCCUGCUCCCAAUGUGGAUCAAGCUUGGCUCACAUUAGUACUUUGCCAACAAAUUCACACAAAUGAUGAGUGGGGGGAGAAAAUGCAUGCAAUUAGUUUUGAGGACACUGAGGUCAUGUCCUCUGGUUUUUGGGUUUGUUUGUUUUUGUCUAUCAGGAAAAAUUACUUGUAAAUAGUGUUGUAAGCUUAAGCCUUCAUGUUUCAUCCAGAAUUAAGCUAAUUCAUUUGGUGCAUAAACAGUGUAUUUUGUGAGUUGGGUAUGUAUUUGUUUUAAAAUGUAGUUUUUGAUAUGUUUGUAACCUGCUAAAUUGAGUGUUCUCACAUUUCUUGAACUCCAAUGACCAUAAUUCAUCCUCACAUGACACUUCUGGAACACCUCAUACAGCUAUAACUUUUGGACAGCAAGUGAGUGACAUGAGAUUGCUUCAGAUGGAGAGACAGGCAAUGGUGAAAUUGACAUUAGGAGGCUGCUAUGCAACUACACCAGAGGAAAAUUUCAAGUACUUUUUCUUCUUUUGGCUACUCCAAUUAGGGGUCACCACAGCAGAUCGUCAUGAUCUGCGUGUUUGAUUUGACAUAGGUUUCUACACCGGAUGACCUUCCUGACACAAUGCUCCACAAUCUAGCUGGUGACUAGGUAUUUUUACCUAAUCUGCAGGUUUUUGAACUGUGUGGGAAACCGGAGCACCUGGAGGAAACCCAUGCGCAAACCACACCGAAAGGCCCCCGUCGUCUGUGAGGUUUGAACCCGGAACCCUCUUGCUGUGAGGUGACGGUGCUAACCAUUGCACCACUGUGCUGCCCCUUCACAAGUAAAGUUAAUGAAAAAAAGUAUGAAAAAAAACCCCUAAGGGCCGACGUAUGCGUCCAGCUGCUACUUUGCACAGUGCCGCCAUGGAUGUGCACAUGGCCUCUCAGUACACAAGCUGAACACAUGCACACAAUGACUUAAUUGUAAUAUCCUGCGUGGUUUGAAAGAAGAUAAAAACAAGAACACACAAAGCCUGUCUGGCAGUUUGCAACAUGGCAACCUCGAGAGAAGAGCUUCUUCUUGUUUAAUGCUGAUGUUGAAAGAAGACUGAGACAAGAAGAAGAAAAUCAUUCUAAAAAUGUUUCAAAACAUUCUUUUCUGCAUUUCACACCUCGACUACCCAGUCAGCAUCUUUGGCUACUCCCAUCUACUGGAUCUGCAUGUUACUGCAGAUUCAGUUUUGCCUAAAUGGCAUCAAUGUGGACACAAAAUUUGGGUGCUGCAUACAGUCUAUAUGGACUAUGCACAUGAUGAAAUUUUGCGUCACCUGAACCAUGUCCACAGAAGCAUACUUUAGCCUUAACUUGUUAAUAUCCCAUGUUUAGUUAUUGCUCAUCUUCUGAAAAUGUUUCUGUGAAGAGAAAUGGGCUGGUUAUAACUUUGGAAUGUCUCAUGCUAGCUACCUGUUAGGGUUAUCCAUGAAUUCUUGUCACAAUCUCUGUUGACUUGUCUAGUCUCAAUUCCAAAAAAAAGUUGGGACAUUGGAAAAUGCUCAUUCAAAAAAGUGAUUUGUAAAUAUUAUUCACCCUGUACUAUACUGAAAACACUACACUGCAUUUAUUUGAUGUUUUUUUUUGUCCUGAACUUAAUUUUGUUGUAUUUAAAAAAAUAUAUAUACCGCUAUUUCAAAUCUGAUGACAGCAACAUGCUCUGAAAAUGUUGAGACAGUUGAGUGUUUACCACUGUGUAACAUCAUUUCUUUGAAUGGUAUAUAUUAAAUUAUUUCCCUCUUA